AUGCCGCCUUGGCAUCCAAAACCUCGCCAUGCUGAUCCAGCCCCGGUAUCUCAGUCUGCACCUGCCAAAGUCAGGAACCAUGGACGUGAAUUUGCCUGUCAUCUCGUUCUUCCCGCAACACAAACCCCAGGCAGCGACCUGGCUAUUGAAGGGUUUGCUCGACUCGUCAUGGAAAACCAUAGACCUCACGCCAUCAUCUUCGAGCUCCACAACCGGUACGGCAAAUUGCAAUUCCUUCGCAAAGACUGCAAAAUUGCUAUCAGCGUGAACAAAUACGCUGAGGCGAGGUUAUGUCGUGCUCAGCCCCAGAUUGAGCGCAGCUCUCUGAACUUCGAGCUUACCACCGUUCAACCACCUCAGAUAACACCCGGCACAUCGCCUCAACCCAUGAACCUCACUGAAUUUGGCCCCUUCUAUUAUUUGAGCAAAAUUAACUGGGAUCAUCGAAAAGUCAUCAUCAGGGCCACUUGCAAAGAUAUCCUCUCCCACUGCUCAGAAAAUGUCCAACGCUGGUUGCGCAAGAAUGUACCUGGCUUCCGUGACUACCAUGAGCGCCGAAGGCCCAACAGCGAAAGGUCUCUUUCUCCUCACAAACGUCACCAACUCCCGGAAAGAGCACGUUCUCCACUGAUGAAUCGCCCCUGGGCGGGAUCCAAACGCACCGGAAAGAAAAACGCUCUUCCUGAUCGCCUUCAUUGUCUCGCUGCUUAUGAUCUGGACCAAGAUCUCCUUAAGGAUAUGUCGAGCUUGAACAUACGUGUGCCUGAAGAAGACAAAGAGUGGGAGACGACCUCCGAAGCAGAUGAAGCAGACAAGAUGGCGUGGAGCUGUGAGCGAGAUUUUUCUGGUCUCUGA